AAUUGGAUAGAUGGAUGUCAUUAUGAUUGAGAAAUGUUGCCAUCGUUGUUGAGCACCAGAGCUCGAGCAUCUGAGGCGUCUUAUUUCCGGAAAGGAGAGCAGUUGGGAACGCAGGAGUUGAGGAAAACAAUCAGCAAGCAAGAAUUGGAUAAGUUGCGUGAAGAAAACAAACUUUUAGAGGAAAGAAUAAGGAGUGGAGAGUUUGAAGGACUUCCUGAGAUACUACAAAAUGUCUGGGUACCAUCUUUGAAACCCAAUGAUACUCCACAAACUGUUCAGAGACCCCUAAAAGUUCCUUUGAAGAUUACCAACGAGAUUCCACUAAAAAAGGAACACACAUUACCUACUCACGAUUUGACCAGUUCUGCUAGACUUGCAACAGACUCGUAUUAUGACCUUACUAGAGGGAGAUAUGAGUAUCUCAAGAAGUGGAAAGAUUCUGCAGCACUUGGGCAGAAUGAAACAGUGCUUUCAUUAUCCCAAAAGCUCCGUGUUGAAGCUCUAGGAAUAGGUUUCCGUGCGCUUUUCAUAUCAACGAUAUGUACUGCAGCCCUUGGCUGUACAAUAUUCCUUUACUUACGUCCAGAAGAGAGAAGAGACGACUUCGUGAGCGUACGCAACGCUUUUCUGAAAAUUUGAAGAAUUGGUUGAAGACACCUCUGUCGUUCAUAUCCACAACUGCGUCAGGUAUGCUCAAGGGUGUGACGGAGGAUAGUUCUAUGAAAAGAGUUGUAGAUUCUGUUUUAGACGUUGAUCAUGAGAAUUCUAAAUAUAAAGGCAAUAAAUAAUACUAUAUAUAU